AUGACAUUACUAGCCACAGGUCCUAAUAUUCGAAAGCGUGGCCGACCACGAAAACACCCAUCCGUGGAGCAGAGGCGCGAGGCUCGCACGAUUCAACGACGGCAUCAGCGACGGCGACAGUCCGCCAGGGCUGCCGAGGCUGCCAACUAUGCGUCUCAAAUCGGUCCGUACUGUGCCAAUCUCGCUCACGUAACCGCCGAGCCUGUUGCUGGGCUUGUUCUUCCUACCACUCCCUCUUUUGCCCUUCCCCGAGAGGAACCCACGCUGCCUGGAGACAUUCAGCCGCUCUCGCUUCCUCUGAGCCCCACACCAACUGCAGUCAUUGAACCUGGAAGUGCCGCUCUCCCUCGAUCUCUGUCCGCCGACUCGACCUGUAUUUUGCCAGAUAGCAUACCUGUGAACGCAAAUCCAGAUCAUCAUCCGCUCGAUCCCUCACGGACUAGCGAAUCAUCGCCCGCGGCACUGAUCAGCGAGGAUAACGAAGAAUCUCCGAUCCGAUCCCCUAACCAGUCCGGCUGUGAUCAUACACGUAUUCUGAGCGACACGAAUGACGUGUGGCCUGAUGUGGACGUGCCAGAUCCUGACAUCAUCGUCGAUUCGGAUACCGAGCUAGAGAGUCCCACUCCAGACCAAGAAACGAAAAGUACCGGAGCGCUACUCGCGGAACAGCUCCUCCGGUCUCCCGAGUGCUGCAUUGAUUGCCAUACGCGAUAUAAGCACGAGCGGAACCCAGUCGGAUCACCGAGCCACGGUCUGAACGAGGUCUUCAGCUGGCCCUGUCCCGACGUGCUCAGCACUACCAGACUGGCCAGGUCUGGUGACCAAUUGAUCGAGGACUGGCCACCAGAACAGCGUGAAAAAGUCUUCUGCGGAACCGAUGCGGGACAACCCAGCAGCGUGCCUGCUAUCUGCUUGGCCCGGGGAGAACAGAAGUUAGGGCCAGCAGCCGUCCACUUCGAUAUUGACAGUGUCUUAGCUCAUGUAACCAGUCCAGCUGUCUGUUCCCAAGGCCUCUACUGGUAUCCUGUUCAGCGGCCGGUCUCGGACCUCCAGUCGGAUCUUCACUUAGAUCCACUCCCGGUUCAGUUCACAGAUGGCCACGGUCACCUACAUUGCGUCUCAGUACCGCUACAUCGCGUUAAGCACUACACGUUUGCCCGGGUGUCGGGAUUCGAGGAUGCAUCGAUCUACGCCCUGUUCCCUAGACUCCAUCAGCCCCAGCAGAAGUCUAGCCGACUGCCAGAUGAUCAGUUUCGGGUCUGGAUAGACGAUAUCCUCCUCCCAGCGGUCCAUCAAUACUACUCCGAUGCCCGGCUACAGCAUUUCCCUUCCAGUUUCAGUCAUAGCAACUCAAACUCAUGGGCGGCGUGGGCGGAGGGCCGAUCGAUCCAGACACAGUCCCGUCAACAGCUACUCAGCUACUUUCUGCCCCCCGAGCACCUAGAUCAUAUCUGGCAGGCUGUUCAUCAAAUUAUUCGAGCAAAGGGGCUAGACGAAUUCCAGGGGGUUCGUCUUUUCCUGAGUGCUAAGAACCUAAAGCUCCGUACACAGUCCGCGACCUGGUCCGAUAUGCAACAUCGGUUUCAACAGUUAUGGAGCAGCACUGCCAACCAGAGUUAUAUUCACGAGGUCUUCUUUGAUAUUGGGAAGGAAACAUGUCCUAUUACCCCCGAUUCUGGCCAGCCCAUCCGGGGGCAAACUCUGCUCUGGAAACAAUGCUGUCUAGACAAGCUUCUCCGCUCCCCGCUAGUCCAGAACCCGGGGAAGACAAUAUUUUAUCCUUUCUCGUUUCUCCGAGAUACAGGGUCCUUGACGAUCCAAACCCGGACUAGAUCUCACCUCCGUAAGACCGGGCUCCUUUACAGCCAGUUCUACAACUCGGUCAAAGAGAUCUUUGCGGCUGGAAAUCAGUACCCCUUCAGUAAUCCACUGUUAGAGGCUCCAGCCCUGGACCACGAGUCAUAUCAAACUUGGCAGCAUAUCGGGAAAGGUUUUCAUGACCGAAACACCCUCCAUCGCGCGUACAUCCACAGCAAGUCCCGGUGUGCCACUGCAAUCGAUGCAUCUAUUGGAAAAUCUUUUGGGACCCGGGAAGAGCAUCGGGUGCGCGAAGACCUCCUGAUCCAAAUUAAUCAGGAGUUUCAGCGACGCCGCGCGACUCAACGGGUGGUUCAAAAUCCAUCAAGUCAACCAUUCUAUAUCCAUUCCACUGCGACUAUCCUUAAAUGGGUCCGGUGGAACAUAAAUCGGCUAUGUGCGGGAUUCGAGUUAACAAAUAGUCUGCAGCGCCAUUCUAUGGUGUCCUGGGAUCGCACCCAGGUAAUGAUCCUGUUCCUCCGCUGUCUCCGACGGGCAUUUGGCGGAGGCGGGAACCGGUUAGAGCAAAGCCGGGCGUGUUGGCAAGACGUGAAAGAAGUUCCGGGGUCCAAUGGCCAGAUUCAGUAUCGGGAGGGCAUUGGACUGGGAACCACUAUUCAACGCCACGGCUAUGGCUGGUUCCUUAACAAGAUCCACUGGGAUACUAUGGGUUUCCGCCCAGCCCAUCGUCUCCACAUGGACCUCCACACACCAGCGGUCAUGGCCCAGUUUCGAGUCAAUUACGAGCGCGUCCGCAAAUACCAGAAUGAUUUUCUUCUACUCGAGGAUUAUUUUCUGUAUAUAAUUCAGUAUCAGCGAGACCAUACCGCGUCUACUGCGCUGCUCUCCCUCCUCAUUGACUUCUGUCUGCGCGCCUUUCGGAAAGAUAUUCUGACUGUCUUGCAGGCGGGCAUACGCCCUGAAUUUCAGAGCAUUGCAGAGACUGGGCAGGUAGCGCUCAGCAAGCCCUCCCUACAACGGGUAUUAAAAGACACACACUGGCCUCCUGCCAUCCUGACUGGCACACGCAUUGGAUGCUGCCGUACCCAGACCAACAGACCUUGUUCAGCCGGGACAAGCACCAACGGUAUCGCUGGUGGUCGAGCUGGAAUGAAGAACUGA